UACAAGACUACCAUGUCACCGCACCACCCAUUUUGUUGUUGAAAACACUCGUAGCAAACAGAUAACAUUAAAAAACAGAAAGCAAGAAAAGCAAAUGGCAAUGGCAACAGCAUCAUCUGGAUUAUUAUGCUUUCGCAGGCCAUACUUACCAACAAAAUUGGCUUCCUCUUCAAAGACCAGUGCUGUUUCUGAAAUUGGGUUUGUUACUUCUCAGUUGAGUGGCAUCAAAAUUUCCUAUAACUUACCUUAUCUCUCAAACCCUACCACUCCUCCUCUACAGUCUAUUGUUGCCCGUAGAGUGUGCCCUUUUACUGGCAAGAAAGCCAACAGGGCAAACAAAGUUUCCUUUUCAAAUCACAAGACAAAGAAGUUGCAGUUUGUCAACUUGCAGUACAAGAAGAUUUGGUGGGAAGCGGGUAAGCGUUAUGUCAAACUGAGAUUAUCAACAAAGGCAUUAAAGACCAUAGAAAAGAAUGGGUUGGAUGCUGUUGCUAAGAAAGCAGGCAUAGAUCUUAGCAAAAAGUAGUAGAUUUGUACCAAUUUUUCAUUGCAUUUUGGUGUUAUUUAGCUCUGAGUUUCUUCCCUUUGUCUUUUGACUUGUUCUGUUAACUUGUGUAAUAUAUCACUAUUACAUCCUGCAAGUUUUAUAAAUUCACUUAUCUCUGAA